AGGGAUUUUUAGAUUUCGGAUGGGGUUUUUUUCUCGAGCAUAUGGGAUUGGAUGGCCGGAUGGGACCGUCGGUUGUGGUGGGGUGGAGGUGAAGAUGAGGGAAGGAGAAGGAGAGAUCGGUUCGGGUGUAUCAGACUCGAGAUGGUUACAGAUGCGAUUCUUUUUUCUAUUGGGAUGGGUACGGAUGUCGAUCAACCCGACCCAUACCUGACCCGUUGCCAACCCUACUGGUCUUGCUUAAGCUUCUGAACCCUCUUCGUUUUCUUGAAACCCCGUUCCUUCCGGUUCCCCAUUUUCCCCGCUACGCUCCUCGCCUGCCUCGUUUUAGUCCUCUCCUCCGCUCUCAGUUUACGAAGUCUCGUCUUCUCCUCCCUCGCAUCACGGCCGUCGUUGCUUCGGGAUAACAAGGACUCGAGGGACUGAAUUUAAGAGGGUGAGGAGGAGAUGUCUGAAGAUGAUAUCAGCAGGCUAUUUCGGAUACGAAGGACGGUGAUGCAGAUGCUGAGGGACCGUGGUUACCUUGUUCUUGACCUUGAAAUUAACAUGAACAAGCUCCAGUUCCUGGAGAAGUUUGGUGAAGGUGUGAAGCGGGAGGACCUGGUUAUCAACAAAGCCAAGAAGAAUGAUCCUGCUGAUCAGAUUUAUGUUUUCUUUCCAAAUGAUGCAAAAGUAGGCGUUAAACAAAUAAAGCAAUAUGUUGAGCGGAUGAAAGCAGAGAAUGUCACUAGAGGAAUAUUAGUUGUUCAGCAAGCUCUGACUCCAUUUGCAAGGCAAUCACUGGCAGAAGUGUCUCAGAAGUAUAUGUUGGAGGUUUUCCAGGAUACUGAGCUUUUGGUCAACAUUAAGGAGCAUGUACUUGUUCCUGAGCAUCAGGUGCUGACGUCUGAGGAAAAGAAAACGUUAUUGGAGCGUUAUACUCUAAAAGAAACUCAGCUACCUCGAAUUCAAGUUACUGACCCGAUAGCCAGAUACUAUGGGCUGAAGCGUGGACAAGUGGUCAAGAUCAUCCGACCCAGUGAGACUGCAGGCAGAUAUGUGACAUAUCGAUAUGUCGUGUGAGUCAUGCCAUAGCUAGAAAUCCUCUGGUGAUGCUCCUGUUGGUAAACCCAAGCUAAAGACUUACAAUAUGUAGCUAUUUAUGUGCUCUAGCCCGAUGAUGUUUAAGAUCCUUGUGCGGCAUAAAUUAUGCUCUAGAAUCUUCUUCUCCCUCCAAUGGUAGUAACUGAAGUCAUAUACUUUCUUUGCUUGUGUAAAGCCUCGGUGUAAUUUGCCCAUCAGAUCGGUGGGUUUUGUUUGAUUGCUGCUUAAAUAAGCAGAGUCCUUAAUCCUGUCAAUAUAAGUAUAGAUGCUGGAUAUGGUGUUUUUUUUUCCCGGUAAUUUAAUCCUUAAUUAGUCACAAA